CCGAGCGGGAAGGUCCUCACAACAGGCAUGAAAAUAGAAGUGAAAGCUUGCGGGAGAAUAUAGUUGAUUAAAGAUAUUAUAAUUACUCCGUUAAUUACCUGUUUGUCUCUGUGUGUCUGAGCGGUGAACGGCAACAUGUUUAUCUCUUCUCAAACAUCAGCGCCCUCCUUCAAAGAUUUCACCCUCGUCAUGCCUGCAGUAGCUGUUGGUAACGUGGGCCAACUGGCUGUGGACCUCAUUGUGUCCACUCUCAACAUGAGCAGAGUGGGCUACCUGCACACAGACUGUCUCAUCCCCAUGACCGGAAACAACCCGUACGCCAGCUGCAAAGAGGACGCUGACGAGCUGCACACCCCUGCAGAAGUUUACACAGCAGCAGAACUGAAGGUGGCGGUUCUUCAAAUCAGAGCGCCGAUCAUUCAGAAAAAAUCCAAAAAGUUUCGUCAGCUGCUCGUGUCUUGGAUCAAAGCCAGCGGGUUCUCCAGAGCUGUGGUUCUGUCCAGCAGCCACGCCUACCAGAGGGACGACCAGCAGCUGCAGGGCACUCCUUUGAGGUACCUGGCCACACCGUCCCUGCUGAAGGUCAGUGAGGACGCGUUGAAGGAGCUCAGCUGGAGGGAGAUGGAGCGAGUGUCGGCCUAUCCGGGACUGACGGACGCCAACGAAGAGCCACGCCUCCACAUCCCUGGAGGAGGAAUAACCAAAGGACUCUACACAGACAGCUGUGCAGAAGACAUCCCGCUGGCUGUGCUGCUGCUCUUCUGCUCAGAAGGCGACAACAUCCCGGACGCCUUCUCGCUCGCCAACCACCUAAACGACUGGCUUCACCUGAUGGACGCUCCUAGCCAAAAGCCCAACAAAUGGAAGAUCCCAACAUCCUGGAGUCUUCUUUUUGGCAGCGGCAUCCCUCCGGCACUGUUCUGAUACACACAUAUUUCAUUUUUUGUUAUUUUUAACUCCUGGGAACUGCAGCAAAUUCUUCUAUAUACGUUUUAUAUUGAGUGCACUUGGUCUGGACGUAAAACAUGGUUGUAAACUGACCUUACAAGAACCCUCUCAUUUCACAGUCUCUGUAUUUUGAUGAUAAUCUUUUAGCUGUACAAACCUUACAUCAUGUACGGGAAUUUACCCAAACAUGCACUUCUGGAAUACUACUUCCGUGUACUGCAGCAUGUGAAUGUUUUUCCAAUAAAAGAUUGUGGCAAGA